ACGGGAUAAGCCUCCGGCCUCCUCUGUGUUGACUGUUGUGUUGAGAGUUAGAGACUAGAGAGCAGAGAGUCUCUCCGUCCCACUUUCAAACAAAGAAACGACGAAAAUAAAGUGAAAGCCAAAAUUCGAUUUUUUUCGCGGAUUUUAGCGUUCACGAUGCCAGAGGAUCCCCGCCUCUGAAAACCCUAAAUUUUCUUCGUUUCAAUUUUACCUACCAAAUUCUUUGCUGAGAAAUCUUGUUUCAUGGCGGCCAUUUCUUCUUUGUCAUUUACUGCAUUAGGCCAAGUGUCAGGGAGGAAGCGUUUGGUUUCUUCGGCUCGACCAUUCAGUUCCACUUUUGACGGCUUUCGUUUUCGAAAGAAAAUUUUUUCUGUUUCAAUUGGUACCAAAACUCAGAAUUUGAAUUCUCGAAUGGCAAUUAUUCAGUGCAUGUCAUCUGUAACAGAAGUGCCCACGGUGUGUGAGACAAAAUCUAAUUUCCUCAAGGCAUACAAGCGGCCUAUCCCUAGUAUAUACAACACCGUGUUGCAGGAACUGAUUGUCCAACAACAUUUGAUGAGAUAUAAGAGGACAUACCAGUAUGAUGCUGUUUUUGCGCUUGGUUUUGUUACUGUGUAUGAUAAGCUUAUGGAAGGGUAUCCAAAUGAUGAAGAUCGAGAAGCCAUCUUCCGAGCUUAUAUCCAAGCAUUGAAGGAGGAUCCUGAACAAUACAGAAAUGAUGCACAAAAGCUGGAAGAUUGGGCCAGGACUCAAAGUGCCAGUUUGCUAAUUGAGUUUGCAUCUAGAGAAGGAGAAGUUGAGGGGAUUUUGAAAGACGUUUCAGAACGAGCUGGAGACAGUGGGAGUUUUAGCUACAGUCGUUUCUUUGCCAUAGGGCUAUUUCGUCUUCUGGAAUUGGCUAAUGCAACAGAACCAACUGUCUUAGAAAAGCUCUGUGCAGCCUUAAACAUAAACAAAAGAAGUAUAGAUCGAGACCUUGAUGUAUACCGCAACCUGCUGUCAAAAUUGGUUCAAGCUAAGGAGCUCUUAAAGGAGUAUGUAGAUAGAGAAAAGAAGAAAAGAGAAGAAAGGGCAGACCAGAGGGCCAAUGAGGCUAUUACAAAAUGCAUAGGAGAAUUUCAAUAUGCAGGUCAAUAAUUCAACCUUUCCUGCCAAGCACACUGAUACUUCAACACCAUGCUUCUUUUAUGGCUUUUGGGCAAGGACAUAUAGCAUCUGAGUUACAGGCGCCACCUACCAAGAUCCGAGUUUGUAAUUCUUGUAUUAUUUGGAGUAUAAUGAUCCAGAUGCAUCUUUUGUACCGGCUCAUCCCCCUUUUUUCUUUCUAAUUUUGUAUCAAUACGCAUUCUUCUAAUGUUUAUCUCUAUGAUGAUCAACCAUCUUCCAUGCA